AGGUGUUUGUUUUGACCUGCCAUUUUAAAAAUUAAAUCAAAAUGCCAAUAAGACCAGAUCUCCAGCAGUUGGAAAAAUGCAUUGAUGAUGCUUUAAGAAAAAAUGAUUUCAAACCUUUGAAAACACUUUUACAAAUUGAUGUUUGUGAAGAUGUGACGAUUAAAUGCAGCAAACAGUUUUUCCACAAGUUGGAUGACCUUAUAUGCAGGGAACUUAAUAAAAAGGAUAUCCAAACUGUUUCAAUCAUUUUGAUUUCUUUUGGAAGAUGUAGCAGGAAUAUCAGUAUUUUGGGGCAAGUUGGACUUCUAACUUUGAUAAAACAAGGACUAGUCCAAAAGAUGGUUGCCUGGUUUGAAAAAUCCAAGGAGAUAAUUCUGAGUCGAGGAACUUCAAAAGAUGAAGCUCUUAUAUAUAUGAUAGAAGACUUAUUUGAUCUUUUGAUGGUCGUAUAUGGCAUCAGUGAUGAAGGUAAAAAGCAAGUAGUGGAAAGUUUCAUACCUCGAAUUUGUGCCCUGGUUAUUGACUCAAGAGUGAAUAUUUGUAUUCAGCAGGAGACUCUAAAAAAUAUGAAUGCUAUGCUUGACAAAAUACCUCAAGAUGCCAGGAAAAUACUCUAUAACCAAGAAAUGUUAAAUCUCAUGAAUAGUAUGGGAGAAAGGAUUUUAGAUGCUGGAGAUUAUGACUUACAAGUAGGUAUCGUAGAGGCUUUAUGUAGAAUGACGACAGAAAAACAAAGACGGAAACUGGCAUGUCAUUGGUUUUCAAUGGAUUUUAUUGCUAAUGCAUUUAAAGGAAUUAAAGACUCUGAAUUUGAAACAGAUUGCAGGAUUUUUCUCAACCUUGUAAAUGGCAUGCUUGGAGACAAGAGAAGGGUCUUUACAUUUCCUUGUUUAUCAGCAUUUCUUGAUAAAUAUGAGCUGCAAAUACCAUCAGAUGAAAAACUUGAGGAAUUUUGGGUAGAUUUUAAUUUUGGGAGCCAGACCCUAUCAUUCUACAUUGCUGGAGAUGAUGAUCGUCAGUGGGAAGCAGUCACUGUGCCUGAGGAAGAAGUACAAAUAUACUACAUUAAAGAGAAAGAAUCAAAGAAGCUACUGACCAUAAUUCUGAAAAGUAUUUUAAAAAUUAGUAACACAGAAGGGAAAGAAUUGCUUUUGUAUUUUGAUGCAUCAUUAGAAAUCACUAUUGUGACAGAAAAACUUUUUGGUGCAAAUAAACAUUGGGAGUAUACCAGCAAACAAGGUAUUUCAAUUGCCCAAACAUCUGUGCAUAUACAUUUUGACACAAGUGGAUCACAGAUUCUUGUGCCAGAAAGUCAAAUCUCACCUGUUGCAGAAGAACUCAUUAGUUUGAAAGAAAAUCCUAACUCCCAAAAGAAAUUUCCUGAACCUCCAGAAUACAUCAAAAAUAGUACUCAAGGGGACAGAAAAAACAGUCAAUCUGGGAUAUUUACUCCUGGCAAAAGAAAAAUGUCUGAAGCCUCAAUUCUUGUUACUGGUGCAGAAAUAUACAACAAGAGAAGUCCAUUACAUUUAACCAACAAAUCAACAUCACGAAGAGGAAAAAUUAAACCACCGCUGCAAGUGAGGAGUUCUGCAGAGAAACCUGGUGUUUCUGAAACUGGAGUGGAUAAUGCUGUAUCACGUCAGUCUAAAUCACCUGCAGAAAGAAGUAGAGGAGAUGAGACACACAAACAUAUCAAAACUGCCGAUGUUGCAGAAAAGACAGAAAACAAGAACAUUGAAUUCCUAAACCAAAAUUUUAAUGAAUCCCAGUAUAGUGUUCAUGGUUCUCAAGCAGUGGGGAAAAUAGAGAAAUCUGUGUUACCUGGUGUUUCAUACAACAUUCAUGGAAAUAAAAUGUCUUCUAAAUGGGCAUGUUGGACGCCUGUAACAAAUAUUACGCUGUUUAGUAAUGAAAGAUCAAGUGCUUCACAAGGAGACACAUUUAUUCAAGAUAUUUCUAUCAACAAAAAUUUUACUAAACAAAAAUCAUCCUCUUCAGUAUCUGAUGAUAAUUCUGAAGAAACAGGAAAGGUGGAAUAUAAGAAAGAAGUAACGCAGCGUAACAAAAUAGAUAAAGGAGAAGUAGAUGUUUGCAGAAGAACCAAUCAACAACUAAAUCAAUGUUCAAAGCAGAAAAAUAUUGAAAAUACCAAGCAGAGUGAUUGGCAUAUUGAAUCUGAAACUACUUUUAAAUCAGUUCUCCUAAAUAAAACAGUUGAAGAAUCUCUCAUCUAUAGGAAGAAAUACAUAUUGUCAAAAGAUGUGAAUACUGCUAUUUGUGAUAAAAGCCCCUCUCCUAGUAAAAAUGCAAGGAGUCUUAGGAAAUCAAGGAAAAGAUUAACAUCUGAACUUAAUUCCUUGGAUUUGAAACAAAAAAAAAUGAGAGAAAAGUCAAAAGGGAAAACACUUGCUGAUGCAGCAGAAUCCUUGAUAAGCCAAAUUAAUAAGAGAUACAAACCAAAUGAUGCUAUACGGUCUGCAAGAAAAUGUAAGGAGUCUUUCAUUAACAGUGGUUUUUCAAACAAAUAUGAUCUACAGCUCAGCAAGGAAAAGGGUCAGAAAAAAAGUUAUAAACAACUGAAGACUACUUUUGUUAAUGUUACUUCUGAACAUUCAUUGAAUGAUGUUUACAAUUUUAAUUUGAAUGGAGCUGAUGAGCCUAUUAUAAAACUUGGGAUCCAGGAAUUUCAAGCUACAGCUAGAGAAGCCUGUAUGGAUAAUUCAAUAAAAUUGGUUGGUUUAAGGAAUCAUGAUGAACUCGAACCUUCUCUCAAAACCAAAGAUAAAAGAGUAACAAGACAUAAAAAUAAAAACCUCUUUAGUGAUACUGACACAGAAUACAGCUGUGAUGACGGCAAGACUGACAUUAGCUGGCUAAGAGAAUCAAAAUCAAAACCACAGCUAAUAGGAUAUAGCAGAAAUAAAAGUGUGAAGAAGAAAGAGAAAAGUGGGAAAUCAAGACCAUCUUUGGAAAGGGAACAACCAAGAUCUAAAAUGACACCCAAGAAGAAUAUCACCAAAAAGGUAGAUGAAACCAUUCCAGAUGGGAGAACCAGACUUCCACGAAGAGCAGCAAACACAAAAAUAAAUUAUAAAGAUCUCUCAAAUUCAGAAUCAGAAUGUGAAGAAGAAGUUUCACACUCAUUGAAAGAGAAAUUGCUAGUAAAGGAGGAGAAUAUCCAUUCCAGAAGCAAAACCAUGAAGCUGCCAAAGAAACAGCAGAAUGCCUGCUCUGCGGAAACAGAAAAGGAUAUAUCAAAAGAAUGGGCAAACUCAUCUCUCCUAAAAAGUACUACUAUAAGAGACAACAGCCUUGACUUAUCUUCUGUGUCUUUACCUGGGAGUUCACCCUCUAUAGAAGUAAUGAGAUGCACAGAAAAAAUAACAGGAAGGGAUUUUACUCAGGAUCAUGACUGUAUAACAAAAUCCAUAUCAUCUAAUACAAAAACUUCCUCACCUGAAUCCUUCAACAGUAAAUAUGGAGUGGAAAGACCAGUAAAGUCACUGAAAAACAGUGUGAAAAAUUUACUGUGUGCAAGAGAAAGUUGUUCACCAAUUCCACAAUCAUUCUCUUUGGAAAGUCAUUCAGCAUCUCUACUAUCCAUGUCUAGUGAGGAAGGAGAGAAAAUAAGAUGUGACAUGCCCUGUGACUCUGCUCAUUUAUCAGGCCCUACACACCAUCUUAAUCGCAAACGAAUGUACAUAGAAGAUAUUAAUCCUGUUGAAGUAGGAUUGGAAGAAGAAGAGGAAGGGAGAGCAAACUUGCUUCCCAAAAAACUGUCUAAAAUGGAAAAUGCAGAUCAUCACAGUCACAAAAUGUCUGAAAGUACAUGUCCAUUAUCAGCAAAUGACUCUUCUGUUCCUGUGAAGAACUGGGGAACUGAAAUUUCAGAUGUAGACAUGGUGUGUAAGCAGUUCAAUACAGAAUUUAAGAAGAAAUAUAAUAGUCACCACAAAUUGAUGGAUAAUUUUACUAUGCAGUCUUGGAAAACAGCUCAACAACAUCUGAAAAUAAUGAACCAUCAUAUUCAGGAAUACAGGAUAAAAAAACUUGAUAAAUUCCAGUUCAGCAUCAUAAAAGAGUUGGAGAAUUUUGAAAAAGAUUCACAGUCUUUAAAAGAUUUGGAGAAGGAAUUCGCGGACUUUGGAGAAAAGAUGGUUCAGAAGUUCAGUGCCUAUCAAAAAAGUGAACAAGAGAGGUUUCACCGUUUGAAAGCUUCCUUGGACAAAAAUGUCUUCUAUGGCACGGGUCAAGAAGAAACUAUUUGUACAUCUGAGAUGUGUUCCAUGAAAGAAAACAUGAAAAUUCUGCAAGACAAGCUUCUUAAGAAAAUGCAAGAAGAGGAGCUUCUUAAUGUACGCAAAGGACUGCUGUCAUUAUUCAUGGCUUGUGAAACAAAUGUUAAUGUGGAGCUCUAGCUGUUACCAAGUUCUAUCCAAUUCCUUUUUGUGUAUAACUGAGGAAAUACCAAAUACAAAGAAAAAAUACAUGUUCCCCAGGAAAGAGUGCCUUUGACUCUGGAUUCAAGGAAAGAUCUUAUGGAUGAGAAAACAAACAUUAUAAUAAUACUACAAACCCCCAACCUUGUCUGUACAAUACUGCUCUUUUUGUUUGUUUGUUUUUUGGCUUCUUUUGUAGUAAUAUUAGCAUUAGGCAGAUAGUACUGUUAACUAUACUGAAUUAUAUUUAUUAUAAACUAAUUUAAUCAACUAAAAUUUAUCACAUAAAAAGUAUUUUAAACAUAUACAGUUUUAUAUAUUAUAUUACUACUAGAGGCCCAGUGCAUGAAAUUCAUGCACAGGUAGUAUCCCUAGGCCUGGCCGGCGAUCAGGGCCAAUCGGGGCCUUCCUUCCCCUGGCUGCUGACUGCUAGCCAGGGCCUUCCUUCAUUCCAAGUCACCUGGUAGUCAGUGCACAUCAUAGCGAGUGAUCAAACUGGUUGGUUGAACUCUCGAGGGGACAAUUUGCAUAUUAGCCUUUUAUUAUAUAGGAUGUAUUAAACUUGUCUACUAGUUCAGAAUAUUUAUAGUAAUAAAAAAAAUUAAGCCACA